UUGUAUUUUCAUACAUAUAAUUAAAAUCACCAUGCAUGCAUUUCACAUGUAAUAAUCAAAUCAAGACUUGCCAAACAUCUGGUUUCUAUAUAUACACAUAAUUUCUUCAUCUUUUAUAUUGUCAUAUCUAUUUUGAAAAGAAAGAAAAAAUGGGUGCAAAAGUAAAGGAGAUGCCAGUAGUAAGCAAGAUGUUUUGCUCAUCAACUCAGGUGGUUCUAGAGGUUAGAACACGACCCCGUGUUGUUGGUGGCGGCGGCUUUGUUGUCACUGAUUUGCAUAGCCAAGCGGUCGUGUUCAGGGUGGAUGGUUGUGGUGUUCUUGGCAAAAAGGAUCAAAUGACUGUCACGGAUGCUGACCAAACGCCUUUGCUUCUCAUCCGUCAUAAGGGAGGUAUAGUUGAAGCUUUAAGCCUAUGUAAACAAUGGGGAGGUUACACUCAAGAUUAUGUAGGAACACAAAAGUUGGUUUUCACAUUGAAAGAUCCAAAAGCAUGCUUUGCAAAUAACCGGCCUGUUAGGGUUUCAAUCGAACAAAAGGAUGAAAACAUCUAUUGCAAGAACUUUUGGAUAAAGGGUUACUUCCAAGAUAAAGAAUGUAAUAUCAUCGACUCGGGAGGCGAUGUCAUAGCCCAGGUCGGGGUAACUAAGGAGAUGAAGAAAAUGGAGAAUAAGGAUUUAUAUCAUGUGGUGGUGAAACCUGGGAUUGAUCAAGCAUUUGUGGUAGGUGUGAUUGCGAUUCUUGAUUACAUUCAUAAUGGAUCUACUAGAUGUUAAUUAAUUAAGGGAAGUAAGAUAAAAAGUUAAGAUUUGAUUGCUUGCAUGGAAGAAAUUCAAAGGUAUUUUGGUGUUUGAAUAAUAAGAUUACGUAAGGCUGAAGAAAAGAAUUUUGGUGAUGGUGUUUGGUUAGAAUUUUGAUGUUUAGAAUUUAUUUGGACAAGUGUAUAGGAAAUUUGAACCUUCAACUUUGUGUAUAUCCACGUGUCGAAUGUAAAUGUUUGUGUACCACGUAAUUAACGACACAUGUCCGUUAAAGUUUGUGAAUAUAAUUUGAAAGUAGUGGGAUGAGUGAAUUCUCAAGUAUGUAUAUAAACAAGCAAGAAUUACGAUUUGCAAUAUAAAAUUUGUACGAAUUUUAUUUACUACA